UUCACGAUUUGGUGCCUGAACAGAGGAUGUGUUUUCUUCAGUGCGGGUUACUACUCACAUCCUGUUCCUCCCACAUAUCCAGCAGUUUCUCCAACCUCAAGAUUAAACUUGGCAGCUCCCUGACCUCUCAGUGAAGACUUGGCAGAAGACUUGAGACGGGGAAGGUACUGACUGAGGGGCAAUCAGGGUGAGGGAGCAUCUCGUGUUGCCAGAGUGAGCGCGGGUUUUUUUGAGGUGGAGAGGUUUUGGUAUGUAGGAGUUAACCUGAUGACAGGCCAACCCUCAAAACGGGACAGAGGGUCGGUGGCGGAAUAUAUAGCCACAUGUGGCUUCAGGUAUGGAGUACUUCAUCUCUCUUUCGCCAUGCCGCAUUGUUUGAGGUAGGCAUUAACCUGCCGUGUAUGUGUGGUUUUUUUUUGAUCAGAGACAUUCCUGGUGAUUGGGAAAGACUCAACCCUUCCUCUGCCUCCCUGUCUUUCGGUAUGGCAAACGACACCGCCGUGGGCAACGAGAGCUGCGAGAACAACACGAGCAUCAGCGCGGACGCCGGGCCAGCGGUCAGCGCUGUGAUGUUCGCCGCUGGCGUGUUGGGCAACGUGCUGGCGCUGAUCGUGCUGGGGGUCCACAAGAGGGGCAACCGGAGUAAAGUGUCGUUGUUCCACAUCUUGGUGAGCAGCCUGAUUGUCACCGACCUCAUGGGGACCCUGCUCAUCAGCCCCGUUGUCCUGACCGCUUACGGCAAGAGGCACUCGCUGAAGGAGCUCAACCUGUGUGACUACUGCGCCUUCGCCAUGGCUUUCUUCGGGCUCACCUCCAUGUUCAUCCUGUUCGCCAUGGCCCUGGAGCGCUGUCUGUCCAUCAGCUGCCCAUACUUCUACAGGCGGCACACCAGCAAGCGCUGUGGCCUGAUCGCCAUCCCGAUCAUCUGCAUCUUCUGCACCUUGUUCUGCUCACUGCCGCUGCUGGGCUUUGGUGUGAACACUCAGUACUGCCCCGGAACCUGGUGCUUCAUCAAGAUGGAAGUCCAGUUGCUGCCGAUGAAGCACCGCGUUUAUUCCUUGUCCUAUGCCGUGCUGAUGAAGGUGCUGAUCGUUUCCAUCUUACUGUGCAACGUCUCCGUUAUUGUCAGCCUCUGCCGCAUGUACCAGAAGCAAAGGACACGGAAAUGCUCGAGGGUAUCCCACACAAGAAACGAUCGGGUUUCUCAAUCGGAAGAAGUGGAUCAUCUCAUUCUUUUAGCCAUAAUGACAAUUACUUUCGUUGCCUGUUCUGUGCCCCUCACGGUUCGUGCAUACUUCGGGGCAAUUUAUAAAAACGACAAGUACCACGACCAUAAUGCUGACCUUCAAGCUCUCCGAUGCUUGUCAUUUAAUUCAAUAAUUGAUCCAUGGGUUUUUAUUAUUCUAAAUACAUCUAAGGUUAAAAAGAUGGUGUCCAAGAUACUGUGCUGUAAAAUUGUUUCUAAAAGCUCCAGACUACAGGCUACAUCUUCCAUAAGGACUGAAAUGUUCAAACAAAAGUCACUUUGGAACACACAGUCCUGAUACUUCUUACUGUUUAGAAGAUUUUCCUGAAAUGUGGCAGUCACCAUUCAACCUGUUAGACCAAAAGGUACACUCUGUGGCACAGGGUGGGAGUUGGCAAAGCAUUUUGCUUUCUGAUUGUUACACUGAGUAAGAGGACGUUUUAUAGGAGAAUGAGCAGGAGAAGAAGCUGUACAGAGGACUUAGUUCUGAUGACCAUACAGACACUGACUGUCAAACAUCAUAUUUAUGUUUCUGAUUUUUCAGAUAUUUGGAAAAGUACUGUGAUGUUUAUAAUUUUAAUUUCAGAAUAGAAUAGUAGAUAAUAUUUAAAUUAAUAUUUUUCUACAUACUUCUAAUUUUUCAGCCUUUCAAAAAUAUUUAACCUGCCCACAAGGUUGUUUGGUGUAUUGCUGCUGUAUGCAGUUUUGCUUCCAGUUAAAUAUAUAGAGGUGCAUUUCAUUAGGUCUGUUAUAUAAGGAUACUCAAGUUAAAAUCUGGAUGUUUACCAAACUUUAUGACCAAAAUAAGAAUAAUUAUUUAUUCUGUGUUUUAAACUAACCCCCACAUUAAGACUGACUACUGUCACCAAGCUGUUGUCUGUGUUGAGAAAACAGGAUGAUAUACAUUAUGAUUCAUAAUUAAUUAAUGGAUGUUUGUGCUGGGACAGAUUCACAAAAUUGUCCCAAAGGAAGCUAAUUGAACAGCUGAUAAUUCUCUACCAAUGUCCAUUAUCAGACAUAGCUGGAAAAUGAACUUGGACACAUCAGUUAGAAUUCAAAUGUUCUGCAAUAGAGCCAUCGGGCCAACUAAAUAUGUUUCCAAAAAGUGUCUUCUGAUCUACUAAAAGUACAUUUUAUGUUUAGCAUUGAUUCCUUCUUGUAUCAUAUGGUUAAAACCCUGUCUUUCACUCAGUCAAAAAUUGACUUACAUUGUGUAUUUUUUAAAUUAAGAAGUUAUUGAUCUUGUUUCUGUCCUGUUUUACAAAUGUUCAGCAGGAUAAUAAGACAUCUACAUGCUUCCUUUCGAAUCUGUAGCUUUGCAGUUGAUUUUGAACAUUGUACACAGUAUGACACGGUACAUCCAGAAAUAUGCAGGAAUUUUGAAUAGAUUUUCAUUGGUGAUAAUGCAGCUUAAUUUUGCACUGUAAUUGUAAAGCAUAGAGCUAAUUUAUGGAUCAGUUGCUUUUGGAACCAACUGAUGGAAUAAGCCCUCAUAUAUGUAUCUCAAAAUGUUUCAAAUAUAAAGCUACACAUAAAGUUAUUGCAAACUGUACAUGCACACUACUAGUAAUACAUCAAAUUACAAAUUCAAGUAUGAAUGCUACAGGUCUAUCAACUUAAGCCUUAAGUUUCAUUAAUAUACAUGAUGCAAAUUGCAUUGUGAAUAUAUAUUUCUAUUUUUGGUUGUACACUGUGUGAUGGAACCUUUCUAAUGUGUUGCAAAGAAUCUUUCCAUAAA